AAAAUAUGUUCUAAUUUUCAACUGUUCACAGUUCAGGCUUCCGAGUUCUACGCUUAAAGUCCGUCAAUGGCCGCUGCAGUUGAUGAUUGCCUCGCAACAGUAGAAAGUUUGUACUGUCGGCUCUGUGGAUUUUGAAUUCAAAGAGCCGAUUUCGUAAUUUCAAUCGUCCGCCAUGGAUACCACCAGCUGAGCAUAGUCGGCGGAGAGUAAAUGGCGCUCAAUUUCUUCGCUUUUCUAUACAUUUCUCUCCAUUUCCACCUCUCGUACUCCUCUCCUUCCCGCCUGCUCAUCGGUGUCCACCCUCUAGAUGAGAAGUACUAUGAAGCGGAGGUCAUUGAGUGCAGAGAUGGUUCGAAAUGGUUCUCCAGAGACCGCCUCAACGACGAUUUCUGUGACUGCGGGGAUGGCACUGAUGAGCCAGGAACUUCCGCGUGUCCCACGGGCAGAUUCUACUGCAAAAAUGUGGGAAGUACACCAAGAUACCUGUUUUCUUCUCGCGUGAAUGAUAAAAUUUGUGGUUUGAAGCUUUUGGUCUUCCUCAAGAUGGCACUCGUUAUUGUUCUCGUGGCUUUCUUAAUCUUUCCCCGCCGCAAGAAUAGACGAAGAAACUAAUGAUAUACAAAAUUUUCAGGACACUCUUGUUUGCACUUGGAUCUAGAAAUGCAGCUGCCUCAAAACACGAAAAUUGAAUUUGGGUUUCCAAAUGAAAGAAGAUAAGAAAAUGCUUCUGCUAAUACUUUCUCUAUUUCGGAUUUUUUUUUUCUUUUUUAUACAACCCAGAAGUCAGAAUAUGGAGGCAUGUUUGUUGUUGAAGAAUACCCUUUGCCAAGUAUAUAUGUCCCUAUUACUGCAUUAACAAAUUAAGAUUCAGAACAUCAAUACCAAAGCUUGAGCCUUGUUACAAUUGAAAUCCAAAAUGGUUGAUAUAUAUACUUUUUAGUAGUGUAGGCAAGUUUGAGUGCAUAGAGUUUGUCAAUUAGUUCAAUGUUUUAUGAAAGUUGAAACAACUUUGAGUUUGCCAAUGUUUUAUUAAACAACUUUCAUAGAUGGUUCCAGUUCAGGAACAAGUGGCCACUUCUAGCACUCUGCAACAAAUAGUGUCACUAUUUUUUAUGGGAGAAUAAAGAUAAUAUAAGAAUACGCGGAUAAUUCGUAGAUGUUUAUGUUGGUUUUCUUCCAUCCAUUGAUUGUUGAUUUCAGACCGAACACGAUAUCUUUGUUUCAACAACUUCUUUUUUCCACAAUUCACAUGACUGUCCCAAUUGGAUGCCUUAUCUGCCUUUAGGUUUUUGAUGUGAAAUAUCACAAAACCUUUCUGCAGGGAAUAAAGUCCAAAUAUUUGAGUUCCCAAACGCCAUUGAUAGUGCACAAAGAGAGAAACCCUUACCCUGACAAACACACGACAGAAAAUGCAAAAACAACAAAUAUUCUCUUUGACACUGACGGCUAGUUUUUUCCUGGAAGAAAGAUUUUGCUCUUUCGUUUUCCACUGCUAGAAAAGAUCAUGAAGUUUCAAAAUAUGCACGAGUGAUUCACUGUUGUUAGUCUACUCAUCCAUCUUUAUACAUAAUGUAGAGUUUACCACACCUAAGGGUCAGCUUCUAUUCGGCCAAUUUACACGCUUGCUAUGUGAAUUUGACAAUAUUGCAUAU